GGGAGCGCGGGGAGCCGCGGGGCCGGCCCAAGGGCGCCCUCGCCUCGGAGCCGGGCGUAGGGACCGGGGCGGAGGCGGUGACCGGCGGCGGCCGGUGGGGCCGCGGGCGCCGAGAAGUUUGCGGCGGAGGGCCGGGCGUCCCGGGGUCGCGAGGCGGCGGCGCGGGGGCCGGGACCAUGGGGGCGGGCGCGGAGGCGGCGCGGCGCGCACGGAGAGCCCCGAGCGGCGCGGCCGCCGCGGCGCAAAGUUAGCCCGGCGCCCCGGGGCGAGCCUGGCCGCCGCUCCCGGCCCCGGACGCCGCCUCGGCAUGGGCGAGCACCCCAGCCCGGGCCCCGCGGUGGCCGCCUGCGCCGAGGCGGAGCGCAUCGAGGAGCUGGAACCCGAGGCCGAAGAGCGGCCGCCGGCGGCGCCGGAGGACCACUGGAAAGUCCUGUUUGAUCAGUCUGACCCUGGGAACACGGGCUACAUCAGCACGGGCAAGUUCCGGAGCCUCCUGGAGAGCCACAGCUCCAAGCUGGACCCGCACAAGAGGGAGGUGCUCCUGGCUCUCGCCGACAGCCAUGCCAAUGGGCAGAUCUGCUACCAGGAUUUUGUCAACCUGAUGAGCAACAAGAGAUCCAACAGCUUCCGCCAGGCCAUCCUGCAGGGGAACCGCAGGCUCUGCAGCAAGGCCCUGCUGGAGGAGAAGGGGCUGAACCUCUCCCAGCGACUGAUCCGCCACGUGGCCUACGAGACCCUGCCCCGGGAGAUUGACCGGAAGUGGUACUACGACAGCUACACCUGCUGCCCCCCGCCCUGGUUCAUGAUCACAGUCACGCUGCUAGAGGUUGCCUUUUUCCUGUAUAAUGGGGUGUCACUGGACCAAUUUGUGCUGCAGGUUACCCACCCACGAUACCUGAAGAACUCACUGGUUUACCAUCCACGGCUCCGAGCACAGGCAUGGCGUUACCUGACAUACAUCUUCAUGCACGCGGGGAUAGAACAUCUGGGACUCAACGUGGUGCUGCAGCUCCUGGUGGGGGUGCCCCUGGAGAUGGUGCACGGAGCAACCCGCAUUGGGCUUGUCUACGUGGCCGGCGUCGUGGCAGAACUGGUCAGGCAUGAAGUGUCAAUUCAAGCUUCUGCGGAUGGCUGUGGCCUUGAUCUGUAUGAGCAUGGAGUUUGGGCGGGCCGUGUGGCUGCGGUUCCACCCCUCAGCCUACCCGCCGUGCCCUCACCCGAGCUUCGUGGCGCACUUGGGUGGCGUGGCCGUGGGCAUCACCCUAGGCGUGGUGGUCCUGAGGAACUACGAGCAGAGGCUGCAGGACCAGUCGCUGUGGUGGAUUUUUGUGGCCAUGUACACCGUCUUCGUGCUGUUUGCCGUCUUCUGGAACAUCUUUGCCUACCCCCUGCUGGACUUGAAGCUGCCGCCGCCCCCCUGAGGGCCUGGAGGACUUUGGUUGUGGAGGGAGAAGCGGUGUCGGCAAGGAGUAGCCGUAUCCUUUCUCUCAUCACCAGCUCAGUGAGGCCAGGAGGACAAGAGAUGCUGGGCUGCUGUAAUAUUUGUGUUCAGAUCUAAACAGACAUCGGAGGCAUGUUUCGGAAAGGCACCUGUUGGAAGAGUUGGAUGUGGCUGCUGUAGUUUUUCUAGACUGUUCUGAAGACCCCAGGCCAAGCAAAGGUCUGGGGUGAGGUGAAAGAGGCCGUCCCUCGGGCUGGGUGUGUCCCGUGUGUUCAGGGGUCUCCUCUCUUGUCACAGACUGGCCUGGUGCCUUCUCUCUCAUCGCCACCCUGAGAGAACCUAAGCGUGUAAGGAUGGCCUGAGGCUGUAGUAGCCAGGCAGGCUCUUGUCCAGCCCAGAGGUGAUUGUGGGCCAGGAAGUGUUCCCUCCAUAGCCGUUGGGUCUGGAGUUCCGGAGUAGAAGGGGGCAUGGGGGUGGAGGACAUGUCAACUUUGGUCUGGGGGUCUCAGGUGCCCUCCCAUGCCUGUCGGUGGGCGCUAGGGUGUGGCCUCUAGUGCCCGGGGUGGGCAGAGGAGGGAGAUUCUGUAAUUCCAGGUCCCACCCUUGCCCUGGGGGUACCAAGUGAGAGGAACCCAAGCAGGAGGGAAUAAACUUCAUCCCAAGUUCCCUCGAGGGAAGGGUAUCAACUGUGGGCUUCUCCUGGGUGCUGACAUCUCACACCAGUGCCCCAGCAUCCUUGCCCUUAUGUUCAGGGUCAUUUCCUCCCCUUCCACUGCCUUCACCCCCCAAUGUGCCUGUCCUUUGCUCAUAGAGCCAGUGUUCCUGUGUGUGUGUGUCGGGGGGGGGGGGGGCAGAUGCACGUGGGAUGGGAAGG